AUGGAAACGCCGCCGUUUCAACGAAAGGUUUCAACGGGACAGUCUCUCGCGGAAAGCACGCAGUUUGUGGAUCUUCGGCAUCUUCGAGGCAGCUCCGUUGAUGUCCAAGUGGCUGUCGAGGCGGAUUUAGACUCGGAUUCGUCUCCUGGGUGCCAGCGGCAGGCAGUGGAUCGAUCCGUGGGACCGACCACGUCUGGUUCCAUUUCGUCUCCUCGUUCCAUUCACGUUAGCUUGGAAGCUGUCCAAACACGUCUGAGUCCGCGAGACGCUUCGAGUAGCGGCCAAUCUUCGCUAGGCAGCGCACGCCAUGCGGCGGAAGAACGUCGAACUUUCGCGAGGGGUUCGCCAAGCCCAGCCACGCCUCUUUCCACUUCACACGGCACCCCCGAAGGCAACGGAAGCUCACCAGUGUUGCGUACCGAACGAGGCGCAAGUCCGAUCCUCGUUCCUAGCUUCGGAACGUGCACGAGCCUGAAACGGGACUCGAUCGUUGAGAAAGACAUCCUGUUAGCGGAAUCGUCUCACACAGAAAGGUCGUCUGUUUCAGAGGGGUCUUCGGGUAGCGUCAGCUCCGGCGAGGUGUUUCAAGACCUCCAUCGAGGCCGCAUCCUGGCUUAUUUCUCGCACAGUGUCAAAGCUAGCUGUUCCCACCGUGUAUCAGUGCCUGCGCACGGGAACACCGAGACUCCGUUCCGCCCGCGCGCACACACGAACACGCAAUUUACUGGCUGGUUAGGGCACCAGGUGUGUAGGCAGUCGGAGCGGCGAGAGUCGCACGACCGAUCAGCAACCGGGCUAGACGGCACACUCCUCGCUGCCGGGAAUCCUGGGCAGAAACACCAAAGCGAACGGACUUCAAACGCGCCACCAGAGCACGACCUCGUCCAGCCACGGGCUCACAUCCUCGAUGGAACGAGAAACACGUUCGGGAGAUCAUUUGGCGGCGGAGGUCAGGUACUGUUGCAGCUAUCGGACGGGCGUCUCGCACCGGCGAAGGAAGCCGGAUCUCUUUUUGGCCUUCUCUCGCCUGGCGAAGUUGUUGAGGGUGAACGACCUGCGCAGGAGGAGCGAGAUCGGCUUCAGGAGGCGACGCGACAUGGCCAUCAAGAGAACUUGCGAAUGGUAAGCUCUCCAGCGUUCACUUCACCAGGUUCUUCUGAGUCUCUCUCCUCUGGCGAGGUUCAACCUAAUUCGGAACAGCCUCCCCUGCCGGCUUCUCCGGUAGUCUCUCUGCACGAGGUGACUCUGACUCAACAGUCAUCCCGAGACAGAUCUCCACUUUCUUCGAACGCUCCGUCGAGGUGUAGCAUGGCACCUCUCGCAUUACCGGCAACAAAUAUUGGACCGCGUCCUAUCUCCUCCAGCCUAAAUUCACCCCGUUCCCCAAUCCAUUCCAGAGUUUGCUGCGGAAAGAGCCUGGCAUUCUCGGAUUCAGCAGGCGAUAAACUCUCUCGAGUCUCGGACAGAAAGCUCGCGACGCCGAAUCCUGUUCCUGCAUCCUCACAUGCAGAGGAGAACGCGCGUCAACACGUGGUCACAGAUCCCGGGCCAGCGCCGUCCUCUUGGGCAGAAUCGAGGCCUGCUGGCACCCCACACAUUCUGGAGCGCUGUUGCAAGGCGUCUUCAUCGGAUGGAGAGACACAUAACCUUGCAUACUCGCAGUUUAAAGCGGCUCACGCCAAAGACGCACAGAUUAUGAAUUCGCUUUCUCUAGCAUCUUUACGGUCGGCGCGAAGCGACAAAAGUUCAGAUACCCCCUGUCCAAGUUUCGCAUCUUCUCCCCCCAGAGGUUUCGCUGUUUCUUCUCCGAAAGGCCUAUCCCAGAGGAGAGAAACAGCUGCAUUUCUCGUUUCGCGAGGAGGAGAAAAGGGUGUGCCUGGCCACUCGCCCCCUUCUGACAUAGAAGAGCUACCUGAUGCAGAAUCUGAAAACCGGUUGGAUUCGCCCAGGCGGGCUAGCCCCGAUCGGGCGACAGCACUGCGUUGUGCCGUUUCCGCGAUAUGUGCUCUUGCCACGACAUCUUUCUCUCCACAUCGGUUGCCGAGUUUGCCAGAUUCACCUCAGCAAGUUCCGCUUCCUUUUCUGUUAUCUCCAACCACCGCAGAAGCAGACGCUUCAUGCCCCGGGGACGAGUUUCCUGCGAAGGCCACACAUUUAGUUGAGGGUUCUGAGCUGACUUUCGGCAGUCCAGUUCCAGGCUGGCAGUGA